AAGUGCUUCUAUAUGACCCGAACCGUGAGCCAGUCACUAUUUCUGUGCACAAGGAGGGCCAAACACCUGAUAGAAAAUCUUCGAGUUCGACGGUUCGCCAAAACAUUUCAACGUUAGUGGACCGAUUAAUGAACUACUUCGUUGACGCGAGUGUUUCCCGUCGUCGCUUAGAAAAAACGCGGAGUUUGGUUUUCUCAGUAAAUGUUUGGGAGUGCUGGAGCACUUCGUCCGGCAAGAAGGUAGCCCUAGCUCCUGAUGAUGGACCUAGAUCACCAAAAAGUAGCCUUCGAGCAGCGUUUGCGAAGAUUCGGGAACAUUCUAAGCUCUUUAGCCUCAAGGAUCAAGCCGUGGAGGAUCGUCUACUACGGGUUAUAGGUGGUCCGCCAGUGUGCGAGGACAACGUGUCUUUAAGGUAAGGGAAUGUUAAGUCAAGAGUUCUUCACAACGUCGAGUUGUUUGGGAACAAACGUCAAGGUUAUAAUUUUGGAGAAUUUCAUUUAGAAGACGUGUUGAGAGACACAGAAGCCAAGGCGUAAGGAGCUAUAGACAUUGAUUCAGUCAAUGUCAAUGAUCUGUCAAGGUAUUUGGUCAUCGUCUGGGCUAAUAGAUUUUUUCCGGCAUCUACUGCGAUCUGAGCCAGGCUUGCCGGGUUACCACCGUCUUCUGCGCAAAGCCUUGCGUUGUCAAGUGUCGUCGCUUCAUGAGUUUCUCGCUCGCAAGGAAAAUUGGAUCUAUUCGAAAGCGCUUCAAAGUUCUAAGGGGACCUUUGAUGACCAUUGUACUUUUGAUAGUUUCUUGCGCCAGUUCGUCCAGGACAACGGGAGCAAUGGCGAUGAGGGGAGCAUGGCACCAAACGGACUUUAAGGCUACCACUUCUUAUAAGAAGAUCGUGUCAAUACUUGUCGUGUUUCUGUCUCUGGCCUAUUAUGGGGAAAGUGUUGUAGGGCUAAUCAGAACCGUCAUCAUGAGGAAAAUGUGUUGUGCAUUUUUCUGUCGUAUAUUAACUGCGGUAACUGGAAGAGCUCGUCUAAGGUUUCCAGGAGAAGCUGUCGCGUGCACUGCCCAGUAGAUCUGCGGUUCCUUCCUCGUUGACAACUGUGUCUCUCUCGACGGUUCCUUCCUCAGUCCUGUCCUCCAGGAUGAAUCAUAAGCAAGAGCAAACCUCUUCAGAAAGGUCGUCAUCUUGGUCCUACGGUAUGCUUUUGCGUGGGCGUCCGCAAGCGCGCGACGCUCUGAUCGCAAAUAAUAAGGAGCGUUGCGGCGUUUUUUUCCUGGACGAGCCUUUCGCUGUCCUGCAGCGUGCAAGACACCGGCGAGAACUAUUUCUCAAGUGUCUGCGUGCCUACGUGGACACAGACACGUACUAACGCUUUACAGGAAAGGUCCUUCGGGUUCUUGACAUAUACGGUAAUAUAAUCAGCGUCUGGAUUGUCCGCUUAUUCGUAUCAUAGAGGAAACUCGCAGAACAGAGCCAUUUCCAGGACAGAACAAACAAGAAGCUUGCGUUGUUCGUCCGUUAAGAGCAAGUGCGUGGCAAUGAAAAGAUAUCAAACGUCAAAUGCUUUUAUCCCGAAGCAGAUGAACUGAUGAGUAUACCACUCGCCGAGAAUGGAGCCUUAGGGGCACAUCCGUGCUGGUCAUUGAUUUACGUGAGUGGUUUUGGAUUCAAACAAAACCUAGCGUACUAUAGUGACGUUCGCAGACGAGCACCCUCAACUCAUGUUUUAAGUCUAUAUGCACGAGCGUCGAAGUUCUAUCGGCCUUGACCGCUAUGAGGCAAUACAUAGGGAAAGCGUGGCAGCGCUGUUCAAAAAGAUGAUGUGAAG